AUGGACCAAUGUCUGGACCCGGCAGGCCCGUGUUUCCGGCCGCUGCCGCCGGCGGCGCGGUUCAGCCGCGGGGCGGCGCGGCGCGUGGACGCUCUUCACACGAACAUCGACGGCUUCGGGAUCGCCGAGCCGACCGCUGACGUGGACUACUAUGCUAGUGGCGGCGAGUACCAGCCGUCCAUGGUGGGCGGGUUCAUCCUGCCCUGCUUCACGCUCUGCUCUCACGUGCGCGCCGCCCAGCUGUGGGCCGCCGCCCAUGACCAUCCCGCCCAGUUCAUAGCUGUGCGCUGCCUCUCGCUCACACACGCGCGCCGCGGCGACUGCUAUCCCGCUCACACACCAGUAACUACCAACUUACUGGGCCCAGAUACAGACUUCGACAAACCAGGGAUUUACUACCUCCCCACUAAUGCGACUCCGCCGUAUUACGCGGGUCAGAGCGGGCUGGUUAAACACGAGUAUGGGUUGAAUCAGUUUUUGAAGGAUUCCACUCCUGAUACGGAUUUGGUUUUGUGAUUUUGGUGAACGAAUCCCGUUUUUUGUGCACUU